AUGGCGGCGGCGGCACCUGCAAUUCUCGAACGAGCCUAUGGUGUCACCAACAUCAAGCACCACAUCCCCCUCAUCUUGGACAUCGACGACCAUAACUAUGACGCGUGGAGAGAGCUCUUUCUCACACACUGUCAAAGUUUUGAUACCUCAGGGCAUCUUGAUGGAUCAUUGGUUCCUACUAACGCUGAUGAUCAAACUUGGCACAAGAGAGACGGCCUCGUAAAGCUUUGGCUUUAUGGAACUCUAUCAAAGGAUCUGUUCAAAGCAGUUUUCAAGACCGGAGGAACAUCAAAGGAAAUAUGGGAUCGGAUCGAAAACUUCUUCAGAAACAACAAAGAAGCUCGAGCGAUCCAGUUGGAUCAUAAACUACGGACAAAGGAAAUGGGAAAUCUCACCGUCCAUUCCUACUGCCAAGAACUCAAAUCGAUUGCAGAUCUCCUGACGAAUGUUGGAGCACCAGUCUCGGAGAGAACGCUUGUCACAUACAUGCUCAAUGGCCUUGGCUCAAGGUAUGACAACAUCAUCAAUGUGAUAAUGCAUCGACAACCUUUCCCUACCUAUGACGAAGCUCGCUCCAUGCUGAUGCUUGAGGAAGACAGACUCAACAAGGGAACGCGUGUGCAGAAAAAUGAUACUUCAUCUGCUGAAAAAGUGUUGCUUGCCUCUCACGCCUCUGCUCCAACAGAAAAGAGUCCUCAUGCCUCUCAACAACAGCAACCACAAAGAUCAUAUCAAAACAGAGGAUCUAAGAAAAACAGAGGACGUGGGCGUGGAUUCUACAAUCAGCAACGUCCCCAAUAUCAGCAGUGGAAUGCUCCCUUCUGGAACGGAGGAUACCCGAUCAACCUGGACUUCUUGGGCCAAGACCACACAUGCCACCACAGCAGCAACAGCUUCAACGCAACAAUGGCGGUCCACAACCAACAACAGAUUUCGCCACAGCAUUCAACACCAUGA